AUGGCGGGGGCCCGGCAGUGGGCCCCCCUGCUGCUGUGCCUGCUGCAGUCCGCUCCAGGGAAGCCCCGCAUGGCCCCUCCACAGAACGUGACACUGGUUUCUCGGAACUUCAGCGUGUAUCUGAUGUGGCUCCCAGGUCCUGGCAACCCCCAGAACGUGACUUAUUUUGUGGACUAUCAAAGCUCUCCGACCCCCAAACGUUGGCGAAAAGUGAAAAAGUGUGCAGGAACCAAGGAGCUAGUGUGUUCCCUGAUGUGCCUGGAGAAACAAGACCUGUACAACAAGUUCAAGGGACGUGUGCAGGCGGUUUCUCCCAGUGCCAAGUCCCCCUGGAUGGAGUCUAAGUACCUGGAUUACUUUUUUGAAGUGGAGCCGGCCCCACCCACUCUUGUCUUCACUCGCGUGGAGGAGAUCCUGAGCAUCUUUGCCACCUACCAGCUACCCCAGUGCGUGCCCAUGGCGGAUCUAAAGUACGAGGUGCAUUUCUGGAAGCAAGGGACCAGGAACAAGACCCUGUUUCCAGUCACUCCCCACGGCCAGCCAGUCCAGAUCCCCCUUCAUCCAGCCACAACCGGCCACCACUGCCUCAGCGCCAGGACCAUCUACACCUUCAAUACACUCAAAUACAGCGAGUUCUCCAAGCCCACCUGCUUUCUCCUGGAGGCCCCAGGAAUCAACCGGCCCUUCCUGGUGCUGCUGCCGCUUCUGCUGCCGUUGCUGUUGGUAAUUUCCACCGGGGGUUUGAUCUGGAAGAGCUCCAAGGGGAAUCCCUGGUUUCAGCAGUCCAAGAUGCCGCCGACCUUGGACAGGGCUGAGGAGGAGGAGAAGGUCACAGAUGACAGCAUCAGCUUCCAGCCCUACAUUGAGCCUCCCUCCUUCCUGGGGCAAGGACACUGGAUUCCACAGUGCUCUGAGGCAGAUGGGGUAGACUCGGGGUAUUCCCAGACUCUGGGCCAGGCCGAAGGCUCCUCUGCUUGGGAUUCUGAAGACAGAAGCUGGGCCAGCAUGUUGGAGUCCCCCUCCUGGGAUAGGGCUAGGACUUCUGGCUCUUUGGCCAAGAAGGGGCCAGGCGAGGGGGGAGGCAGAGACGGGCGCUGGGAGCCCCUUCCACUACCUGAGUUCCCUGAGGACUCGGGCCCCGCAGAGGAGCCACAGGAGCUCUUCUCCUGGACCACCUGGGGCUCCUCAUCUGCAGGGCGGCACCUGGGCCCCAGGGAGCCUCUUUCUCUUUCGACAGUGACCUUCUGCUGGGACAGCAGCCCGGAAGAAGAAGAGGAAGAGGAAGAAGACAGGGAGGGAUCAGAAACUGAGGAGAGUGGCACCGGCAGCUGGGGGGCUGAGGGCUCCCAGAGGACCAAGGGCAUGGGAGGGCUGCGUGGGCAUUACAUGGCAAGGUGA